GUUUCACGCUCCCACGGUCUCACUCUCACCUCCAAACCCAAAUCCCCAAACCCUAACCACAGCACCUACCUCCUCCGCCGCCGCCGCCAUGGCAGGAGCAGGAGUCGGCGGCCGCAAGGCUCGCAACUUUGCGACCUUUCGCCUAUUCCCCCGCGACGGUGCCGCCGACCCCAACGACCGCGUCUUCGUCCGCGUCGACAACAACGCCUACACCAUCCCCGGCUUCGGCGACGACGAAGACCCUUCCCUCUCGCCCACCGCCGCCGCCGACCAAUUCCCUUCCUCCACCUCUGGGCCCCUCCCCGACCACGUCCGCCAGCAGAUCCUUGAGCUCGGCCUCCCCGACGAUGGCUACAACUACCUUCUCCAUCUCCGCGAGCUGCGGCCCUCCGCUGUGGCCUCCUCCUUCGUACCCAGCCAUACCGCCCGCCCAGAGCAACUUCCCCUGGACGUGAAGGCCUAUGAUGCAAGCAAGGUGCGGGUUGCUUCUGGCAAGGUCGAGGAAGAGUUGGACGAGGGGAGGACCAUGUGUAAGGUGGCCGCAAAGACGGCACCGGUGAGGCGAGUUGAGAAGGCCGUCGACCCUGACGUUGCAAGGUUGCUCGAUGAGAGCGAGGAUGAGGGUUUGGAGGAGGAUUUCGUCAUAAUGGCAAACCAAGCCGAAGGGGAUGAUAUGGAGGAUGAAAGUGAGGAAGAGGGGGGUGGUGUGUUCAGUGAUGUGGAAAAUGAUGAGGAGUUCGAGGAUGAAGAGGGUGAGCCCAAGCCGAGGGUGCCACGGCUGCUGGAUGAACAAUUUGAUCUGCUUGCUUUGGAAGAAUAUGGAGCUAGUGAUGAUGAUGAUGGAGCUGUUAGAGAUGGGGAACAUGAACUCCCGUCUGAGGUUAUAGAUGAACUGAAGUUGUUCCACAAUCAAAAUGUAUGCGUUGAUGAAGAAUAUAGAACACCAGCAGAUUUUGUUCGUGGAAAACUUGACUCAACCACCGCCGAGGAGGUGGAUGAAUCUGCUAAUGUGAUCCAGAAGUGUGCUGAAUAUGCUGAAAGGUAUUUAAAUGAAACUGCAGAAGAUGAAGAGGUCUUGCUUGUUUCGGAAAGCAGUGAUGAAUCUGAAGUUUGGGACUGUGAGACCAUUGUUUCCACAUACUCUAACUUGGACAAUCACCCUGGCAAAAUUCAAACUCCAGGAAAUCCUAGAAAUCGUCUUCCCAAAGUUUUUCCUGGGGAAACAGCUACAACGAAAGAUAUCAUCAAGCUUCAUGGUAAAGAGAAACUUCCUGUAGAUUACCUGCCACAGAGGAAAAGAAAAGUUGAAAAGGAGAAGAAAGCAAAGCCCACAGAAGCUUCAGAUGCUGAAUAUUAUUUUGAAAAGGUUGUAGUUCAGAAGGAAACAAAAGAUGAAAAGAAAGCUAGAAAGUCCGCGGUAAAAGAAGAGAAGAGAGAAGCCCGGAAAGCAAAGAAAGAGCUCAAAGAACUGUAUAAAUUUGAAACACAGAAGGCUCAGAAAGUUGCUGCUGUUACAGGACCAUCUUCCAUACGGCUAAUGUAA